CUCAUGCUCCUCCCGCAGGGAGAGCAGGUCCCUCUGCAGCCAUGUCUGCCAAGGCCAUCUCAGAGCAGACGGGCAAGGAGCUGCUGUAUAAGUACAUCUGUACCACCUCGGCCCUGCAGAACCGCUUCUGCUACGCGCGGGUCACCCCGGACACUGACUGGGCCCGCCUGCUGCAGGACCACCCCUGGCUGCUGACCCAGAGCCUGGUGGUCAAGCCCGACCAGCUGAUCAAGCGGCGGGGGAAGCUGGGCCUGGUCGGGGUCAACCUCAGUCUUGAUGGUGUCAAAUCCUGGCUGAAGCCCCGGCUGGGCCAGGAGGCCAUGGUGGGCAAGGCCAGGGGCUUCCUCAAGAACUUCCUGAUUGAGCCCUUUGUGCCACACAGUCAGGCGGAGGAAUUCUACGUGUGCAUCUACGCCACCCGCGAUGGAGACUGUGUCCUCUUCCACCACGAGGGCGGUGUGGACGUGGGUGACGUGGACGCCAAAGCCCAGAAGCUGCUGGUCGGUGUGGACGAGAAGCUGUGCCCUGAGGACACCAGGGAACACCUGCUGGUCCACGCGCCUGCAGAUAAGAAAGAGGUCCUGGCCAGCUUCAUCUCCGGCCUCUUCAACUUCUACGAGGACUUGUAUUUCACCUACCUCGAGAUCAACCCCCUGGUUGUGACCAAAGAUGGCGUCUACGUCCUUGACCUGGCAGCCAAGGUGGACGCCACGGCCGACUACAUCUGCAAAGUGAAAUGGGGAGACAUCGAGUUCCCGCCCCCGUUCGGGCGUGAGGCCUACCCCGAGGAAGCCUACAUCGCAGACCUGGACGCCAAGAGCGGGGCAAGCCUGAAGCUGACCCUGCUGAACCCCAAGGGGCGGAUCUGGACCAUGGUGGCCGGGGGCGGAGCCUCUGUGGUGUACAGUGACACCAUCUGUGACCUGGGGGGCGUCAGUGAGCUGGCCAACUAUGGGGAGUACUCGGGCGCGCCCAGUGAGCAGCAGACCUACGACUACGCCAAGACCAUCCUGUCACUCAUGACACGCGAGAAGCACCCGGAUGGCAAAAUCCUCAUCAUCGGCGGCAGCAUCGCCAACUUCACCAACGUGGCUGCCACCUUUAAGGGUAUCGUGCGAGCCAUUCGAGAUUACCAGGGUCCCCUGAAGGAGCACGAGGUCACCAUCUUUGUCCGGAGAGGUGGCCCCAACUACCAGGAGGGCUUGCGCGUGAUGGGCGAAGUCGGGAAGACCACAGGCAUCCCCAUCCAUGUCUUCGGCACCGAGACCCACAUGACGGCCAUCGUGGGAAUGGCCCUGGGCCACCGGCCCAUCCCCAACCAGCCCCCCACGGCGGCCCACACCGCCAACUUCCUGCUCAACGCCAGCGGGAGCACGUCGACCCCUGCCCCGAGCAGGACGGCGUCUUUUUCUGAGUCCAGGGCUGACGAAGUGGCACCUGCAAAGAAGGCCAAGCCAGCGGUGCCCCAAGGGAAGAGCACCACCCUCUUCAGCCGCCACACCAAGGCCCUGGUAUGGGGCAUGCAGACCCGCGCCGUGCAGGGCAUGCUGGACUUCGACUACGUGUGCUCCCGCGACCAGCCCUCGGUGGCCGCCAUGGUGUACCCCUUCACGGGGGACCACAAGCAGAAGUUCUACUGGGGACACAAGGAGAUCCUGAUCCCCGUCUUCAAGAACAUGGCGGAUGCCAUGCAGAAGCACCCUGAGGUGGACGUGCUCAUCAACUUUGCCUCCCUGCGUUCCGCCUACGACAGCACCAUGGAGACCAUGAACUACGCGCAGAUCCGCACCAUUGCCAUCAUCGCGGAAGGCAUCCCUGAGGCCCUCACGCGCAAGCUGAUCAAGACGGCAGACCGGAAGGGGGUGACCAUCAUCGGACCCGCCACCGUGGGUGGCAUCAAGCCUGGCUGCUUCAAGAUCGGAAACACGGGCGGCAUGCUGGACAACAUCCUGGCCUCCAAGCUGUACCGGCCGGGCAGCGUGGCCUACGUGUCGCGGUCGGGUGGCAUGUCCAACGAGCUCAACAACAUCAUCUCCCGCACUACGGACGGCGUCUUUGAGGGCGUGGCUAUCGGUGGAGACAGGUACCCCGGCUCCACCUUCAUGGACCAUGUGUUGCGGUACCAGGACACUCCAGGCGUCAGGAUGAUCGUGGUGCUGGGAGAGAUUGGGGGCACUGAGGAGUACAAGAUCUGCCGUGGCAUCAAGGAGGGCCGCCUCACCAAGCCCGUGGUCUGCUGGUGCAUCGGGACCUGCGCCACCAUGUUCUCCUCCGAGGUCCAGUUUGGCCACGCCGGGGCCUGCGCCAACCAGGCAUCGGAAACCGCGGUCGCCAAGAACCAGGCCUUAAAGGAGGCGGGUGCAUUCGUGCCGCGCAGCUUUGACGAGCUGGGCGAGGUCAUCCAGUCGGUGUAUGAGGACCUCGUGGCCAGAGGCGCCAUCGAGCCGGCACAGGAGGUGCCGCCGCCCACGGUACCCAUGGACUACUCCUGGGCCAGGGAGCUGGGUCUCAUCCGCAAGCCCGCGUCGUUCAUGACCAGCAUCUGUGACGAGCGUGGCCAGGAGCUCAUCUACGCAGGCAUGCCCAUCACUGAGGUCUUCCGGGAGGAGCUGGGCAUCGGCGGUGUCCUCGGCCUGCUCUGGUUCCAGAGAAGGCUACCCAAGUACUCCUGCCAGUUCAUCGAGAUGUGCCUGAUGGUGACGGCCGACCAUGGGCCCGCCGUGUCCGGGGCCCACAACACCAUCAUCUGCGCCCGUGCCGGGAAGGACCUGGUCUCCAGCCUCACGUCGGGGCUGCUCACCAUUGGGGAUCGCUUCGGGGGUGCCUUGGACGCGGCUGCCAAGAUGUUCAGCAAAGCCUUUGACAGCGGCAUGAUCCCCAUGGAGUUCGUGAAUAAGAUGAAGAAGGAAGGGAAGCUGAUCAUGGGCAUCGGCCACCGCGUGAAGUCGAUCAACAACCCUGACAUGCGGGUGCAGAUCCUCAAGGACUACGUGCGGCAGCACUUUCCCGCCACGCCGCUGCUGGACUACGCCCUGCAGGUGGAGAAGAUCACUACCUCCAAGAAGCCAAAUCUGAUCCUGAAUGUCGACGGCCUCAUCGGGGUGGCGUUUGUGGACAUGCUCAGGAACUGCGGCUCCUUCACUCGGGAGGAGGCUGACGAGUACAUCGACAUCGGGGCCCUCAAUGGCAUCUUCGUGCUGGGCCGAAGCAUGGGCUUCAUAGGGCACUACCUGGAUCAGAAGAGGCUGAAGCAGGGGUUGUACCGACACCCGUGGGAUGACAUCUCCUACGUCCUUCCGGAACACAUGAGCAUGUAGCCGCACGAGCCUCGGCUAAGCCCAGACUCCUGGAAACAGCGUGAAGACGGCGGUGGCUGUGAGGCGGGACCCAUACCGGCACCCAUGUGGUCCGCUCAGAGCAGCUCAGUCUCUUUUUUGUAAGCGUAGAUGUUAAAAUCAAGCCUGAAUGUGUGACGUUUGCUCUGCCCCUGCUGUAUUUAUUGUAGGGAGGUGUGGACCCAAGCUUUGUUCCUCCUCCUCCUCCUCCUCCUCCUCCUCCUCCCAGGGCGUUAGAAUGUCGCUUCCUUUUUUCUGUCUGUGAAAUGUUUUCCCCUCGGUGGAGGAAGGGAAUGGAAGGUUCACACUCCAAGAUACGACACAGAAAGUACCCGAUGUCCUGUGUUUUCACUGUGCUUUCUUCCUUCUGAUCUAACAUGAAGAAUAUAGUAUCACUCUCACUUUUAAGGACCUUCCUGUAUGUUACGUGUUUUGGAUUUACUCAGCAUCCCACCGACGUAUUCAGAGCAGAAUCUGCUGCUGUCAGGUGGGCGGGACCAUGGCACCCUCAGCCGCUGCACAACUCGGAGGAGUAGUUUGAGAUGUAAAGUUGUCACGCACCACGCCUAGACGGAAGUGCAGCGCAGAAAGCUGUGAAUCGUCCUGUAGGUCGUCUUGCUGCGGCUGGCCGGCCUGUGACUGAAUGAGACACAGGUCCCAGGGCUCCUCCCAGCCUCCCUGCUGCUGCAACCCAGAGAUGGGCCGCUGCACCUCCAUCCUCUGUAUUAUCAUAGUUUGGUUUAAAUAAACUGUAUAGUAACAGGACGCCCACUGCAGUCUCUGUCAUCUGU